AUGAGUACUCUGCAAAAGGGACUUCCUCUUUUUUGAAAUACAGAGCCACCAAGCGCAGAGCAGUCAACAGCAUUUCUUGCUCCCUGAGCUUCUGUCUGGCUGCCAAAUUACUAAGGCCAUCCUAGCUCGAUUUGAUUUUUUUAGCUCCAGCAUUAGCUAACCGUACUGAACUUAGUUGCUCGAGUCCUGUGAUGGCUUCCCGAGUCAGCUGCUUCCUGUUGGCGGUGCUGUUUUGUGCCAGCUGUAAAGUCAUCACCUCCUCAGAUCUGAUGUGCACUGAGAAAGAAGCCAACAGAACAUAUAACUGUGAAAAUUUAGGUCUCAGAGAAAUUCCUGACACUCUACCAAAUAUGACAGAAUUUUUGGAAUUCGGCUUUAACUUCUUGCCUACAAUUCAAAAUACAACCUUCAGCAGGCUCAUAAAUCUUGUCUUUUUGGAUCUGACAAGGUGCCAGAUUAACUGGGUGCAUGAAGAAACUUUUCAAAACCAUCAUCAAUUGAACACCAUUGUGUUAACAGGAAAUCCCCUGAUAUUCAUGGCAGAAACAUCACUUAACGGACCCAAGUCACUGAAGCAUCUUUUCUUAACCCAAACAGGAAUAUCCCAUCUUGAGUUUAUCCCAGUGCACAAUCUGGAAAAUUUGGAAAGUUUGCAUCUUGGCAGCAACCAUAUUUCUUCUAUUAAUCUUCCAGAAAACUUCCCAACACAGAAUCUUAAAUUUCUGGAUUUUCAGAAUAAUGCUAUACACUACAUCUCUAGUAAAGCCAUAAAUGCUCUGGAACAGGCCACCGACCUAAGCCUUAAUUUCAAUGGCAAUGACAUUCAAGGCAUUGAGCCUGGGGCUUUCAAUUUGAAAACCUUUCAAAGUUUGAACUUUGGAGGGACCUCCAAUUUAGCUGUUGUAUUAAAAGGUCUACAGAACUCUACUGUUCAGUCUCUUUGGCUGGGGACAUUUGAGGACACUGAUGACCAAGACCUCACUUUAGCCACAUUUGAGGGCCUUUGUAAAAUGUCGGUUGAGAGCAUCAACCUACAGAAGCACCAUUUCCAUGGCUUCUCAUCUUCCAUGUUUCGGUGCUUCACUGGACUCCAGGAGUUGGAUCUGACAGCAACUCACUUGCAUGAAUUACCCUCUGGGAUUGAGGGUAUGAACUCUCUCAAGAAAUUAGUUCUCAAUGCAAAUAGUUUUGCCCACUUGUGUCAAAUCAGUGCGGCCAGUUUCCCAUCCCUUACGGAUCUCUAUAUCAAAGGUAACAUGAAGAAACUUGACCUUGGUGCCAGGUGUUUGGAAAAACUAGAACAUCUUCGGAAACUUGAUUUAAGCCACAGUGAUAUCGAGGCUUCUGACUGUUGUGAUCUGCAACUCAAAAACCUGUCCCACUUGCAAUACUUAAACCUAAGUUACAACGAGCCCUUUGGUCUCCAGGAUCAGGCAUUCAAAGAAUGUCCUCGGCUAGAACUCUUGGAUUUGGCAUUUACCCACCUGCAUGUUAAGGCUCCACAAAGUCCUUUCCAAAACCUCCAUUUCCUGCAGGUUCUGAAUCUCUCCCACUGCCUCCUUGACACCAGCAAUCAGCACCUUCUAGCAGGCCUCCCGGAUCUCCGGCAUCUGAAUUUACACAGAAAUCACUUUCAAGAUGGGAGCAUCUCAAAGACCAACCUACUUCAGGCUGUGGGCAGCUUGGAGAUUCUGAUUUUAUCCUCCUGUGACCUCCUCUCCAUAGACCAGCAAGCAUUCCACAACCUUGGGAAAAUGAGGCACAUAGACCUAAGCCACAACAGCCUGACAGGUGACAGCAUCAAUGCUCUUAGCCAUCUGAAGGGGCUCUCUGUCAACGUGGCUGCCAAUAACAUUCGCAUCAUCCCCCUCCAUCUCCUCCCUACCUUGUCUCAGCAGAGCACCAUUAACUUAAGUUACAAUCCCCUGGACUGCACUUGCUCGAAUAUUCAUUUCCUAACAUGGUACAAAGAAAACCUGCACAAACUUGAGGGCUCGGAGGAGACCACGUGUGCAAACCCCCCAUGGUUAAGGGGAGUUAAGCUGUCUGAUGUCGAACUGUCCUGCGGGAUGACAGCUGUGGGCAUUUUCUUUCUUAUAGUAUUUGUAUUCCUGCUCAUCAUCCUGCUCAUUUGUUCAGUGAAGUUUCUUCUUAGGUGGAAAUACCAGCACAUUUAGUGCUGAAGGUUUCUAGAGAUGGCAAAUAAAUAUGUUGAGCAAA